CAAAUGUAUCGACUAUUGUUCAAUUGAAAACAAAGCAAUUAUCUUGUUUUUUCGGCCAGUAUUUAAGUUAAUUUUGCUGGCAAGAGUCGCGCCUUAAUUACCAAGUUUCUAUAUUCCUUCCCUCCCCGAUUGCUUGUUGAGCCUGUGCGAAUUGUUCUUUUGCAUGUCGACUGGGCGGGCAAAAGAAAGUUAGCACGGAGAACAACAACGCAGGUGAUUUGACCUCGCGACGAAGGAGGAGCACAUCGAGAUGCAGAGCUACGGCUCCGGAGUUGAGACAGCUCCGGCCGUGAAGCGCCGAACGGACAGCUACGAAGCUGCCCAGCAACACCAGCAGUCGCCGGAGAGUGACGAGGAGUAUGUUAACACCAGGAUCCUACGUCGCCAAGUGCAGCUGCAGUCAACUCCGGUAGCCCCCGUAGUGCCAAUGCCCAUAGCCAUGCCCGUGUCCGGUGGCAGUGGCACUGCUCCGCCCUCCGUAGACGGGCGCGAGGAGCAACCCGAGUUUCCUGGAUCCUCGGCCGCUUCUUACCAGGAGGAGCGAAUGCGUCGAAAACUGCAGUUCUUCUUCAUGAAUCCCAUCGAGAAGUGGCAGGCAAAGCGAAAGUUCCCCUAUAAGUUCGUCGUGCAGAUUGUAAAGAUCUUUCUGGUGACGAUGCAACUGUGCCUUUUUGCCCACUCGCGGUAUAACCACAUCAACUACACGGGUGAUAACCGUUUUGCCUUCUCUCAUCUCUUCCUGAGGGGCUGGGACUCCUCCCGGGAGGUGGAGAGUUACCCGCCUGCGGUGGGUCCCUUUGCCCUAUACCUAAAAUCGGAAUUCUUCGACACUGUACAGUAUGCUGUCGAUGGAUAUGCCAAUGUGAGCCGAUCGAUUGGGCCUUAUGACUACCCAACCCCCAACAACACGAUGCCACCGUUGAAGCUGUGUCUGCAGAACUAUAGAGAAGGGACCAUAUUCGGCUUCAACGAGUCUUACAUAUUCGAUCCCCACAUCGACGAGGUGUGCGAGCACCUGCCGCCUAAUGUGACCACCAUUGGGGUAGAGAAUUAUCUUCGGCAGCGAGAUGUGAAUGUCAAUUUCGCAUCUCUCGUCUCCGCACAGCUGACGUUCAAGAUUAAGACAGUGAAUUUCAAGGCCAAUGGAGGCCCACUUUCUGCACCCGAUUGUUUUCGUUUUGACAUUUCCAUAAUGUUUAACAAUCGAGACCACGACGGGCAGAUGCUGCUUUCUUUGGAUGCGGAGGCGACAAGACUAAAGUGUCACGGCGCCACUGACUUUAUAUCGGAGGCGAACUUUGAUUCCAUGCUGCGAAGCGUUCUCAAUAUAUUCGUCCUACUAACCUGCGCAUUGUCCUUUGCUCUCUGCACGAGAGCCUUGUGGAGAGCUUACCUGUUACGAUGUACAACUGUGAACUUUUUCCGGUCGCACUUUGGCAAGGAGCUGAGCUUCGAUGGCCGACUGGAGUUUGUUAACUUCUGGUACAUCAUGAUAAUUUUCAACGACGUCCUUUUGAUCAUUGGAUCAGCUCUGAAAGAGCAAAUCGAGGGAAGGUACAUGGUGGUUGACCAGUGGGAUACCUGCUCGCUAUUCCUGGGAAUCGGCAAUCUGCUCGUUUGGUUUGGAGUACUGCGCUACCUGGGCUUCUUUAAAACCUACAACGUUGUGAUACUAACGUUAAAGAAGGCGGCACCAAAGAUUCUGCGAUUCCUUAUCGCUGCAUUGCUAAUCUAUGCGGGAUUCGUUUUCUGCGGCUGGCUGAUUCUGGGACCCUACCACAUGAAGUUCCGUUCGCUGGCCACCACGUCAGAGUGUUUGUUCGCGUUGAUAAACGGUGAUGAUAUGUUUGCCACCUUUGCCACACUUUCGAGCAAGGCCACCUGGCUGUGGUGGUUUUGCCAGAUUUACUUGUACUCGUUUAUAUCUCUGUAUAUUUACGUUGUUCUGUCGCUGUUCAUUGCCGUCAUCAUGGAUGCCUACGAUACGAUUAAGGCGUAUUACAAGGAUGGCUUUCCCACCACCGAUCUUAAAGCUUUUGUCGGCACCCGCACUGCAGAGGAUAUAAGUUCCGGAGUCUUCAUGACCGAUCUAGAUGACUUCGACCAGACGAGCUUCCUGGAUGUGGUGAAGAGCAUUUGCUGCUGCGGACGCUGUGGACGCCAGCAGGAGCCCGUGCAGGCAAACAGUGGUUACACCAGCCUUUCUAGUAUUAUGAAGUAACUGGGGUCGGCGUACUGGGCCGCAGGUCUUCAUUCUGUUUCGUUUCGUCAGCUUUAUGUGUGUAGUCGAACUUGUUGUUAGCUUUUUGUAUUAGUUUGUUAGUUUGCCAAAGCACUUGAACAGAGAUAUGAGUAAUCAGAACGUACGUACCUAUGAGAAAGUCCAAAAGCAGCUGCUCUUUUCACAAACAUCAGGCAUGUUCCGGAUUUCACUUUCGAAGAUCUGGUUUAACUUUGAUUGACAUAGAAACGUAUUGACUUUAAAAAUUGUUCUUCAAGCUAGUUUAAUGAAUUUCCAUUUCCAUUUCUGAAAAGGUGAAAUCUGAGAAAAUGUUCAUUGCGAAAUAGCAAAUUUGCUUCCGUAACGUGGGAUAUUAUGUGUGUGAUAUAAGUCGGAAUCAGAAUCAGAGAACAAUGGAAAUUAAAAUGAAGGGAGCUAUUUUUGCUAGGGAUAUCGAAUGGGCUUGAUAUAGAUCUUCCAUGAGAACAAAUGCAUCCAAAACAAGUUCAGGUACAAAUCCAAAAGUCACAGCAAAAAACUGAAUGUAAUUACACUAGUCGACAAAGAAAAUAAUUUUGGCAGUCUAUAAGAAAAGUUACUUCUGAGAGUGUUUUUUGUCUAGGAAAAAACGACGAUUUUUGUCGACUUGUGUUAUUAAUACAGAAGCAUUAGUUAAGAAUACAGUAGGUAAAAUUAUUUUAUGUGUACAAGGAAAACUUUGUAUUGAUAACCAAAAACUACAAAACCAAUAAAUUGUUUACAGAAGUAA